AUGGCGAAAGGAGGAAACAAACUGAUGAAGCUUAAGUCAGUUUUAAAGAAGCUUAAUUCAUUCAACACCAAGUCCAACCAACCACCGGCAACUCCGGCCAAUCACGGUCGAUCCUCCUCGGUGAGUGCAUUUCCCUCUGGAGACCUUCACACCGUCUACGUCGGCCGAACACGACGGCCUUACCGCGUCAGCCCCGACGUCGUGAACCACCCACUCUUCCAGCAGCUAGCGGCGGUGGACGGUGGAUGCGGCGGCGAGGACGGUUCGAUCGUCGUGUCGUGCGAGGUUGUCUUGUUUGAGCAUUUGCUUUGGAUGCUCGAGAACGCCGUCGCCGACGAGUCACGUCCCGAGUCAGUCCACGAACUCGUCGAAUUCUACGCUUGUUAA